AAACAACAAAAAACCAUGACCAGUUCAGCUUCGACAAACAGCGGGUGCGAAAACGAUUUUCAUUACGCCGUCGAGCAAUUUAGUGUGUGCGGUCUCUCUGAAAUUACGACGCAUAUUUUUCGUUCUCCAGCCACUGGACGUUUUCAUUGAAAUCGAUAAAAGUUGUUUGUUUCUUCGUUAUUCUAAUUUACAUUCAAAACUUAAAUCUCAGUCUUCUCAACAACAAACGAGAAAAUCGUUUAAUUUUAAUCAAAUUCGCUGUUUGUGAAGUAUUUAUCGCGAAAGGAAAACGGAAGCAGAUGUUUAGAAAAUCGCAAUAAAUUUACAAGUUUUUUUUUUUUCUAAAUAAAAUCAAACGAAAUCGAAUUCAAUUAAUCUAUUAAAAUUGACAUUUUUUUUCGUUGGAAAAACCAAUCGAAUCGAAUCAAAAACCAAAAUAAAAGUUACUGUAAUGGUCAAGUGGCUGUGAAAAAGUGCAAACGUCACUAAAACUAAAAUUAGAACCUUUUAUCAUUUGAACCAAUUUUUGUAUCAUUCAAUAAAAUCCAACAACAUUCGAUAUGUCUGGUCAGUCAGAAGCACUUGAUUUCAAAGAGCGGCUGGUGGCUACGGUCAAAAAAGAAGUGAAGCAAGUGAUGGAGGAAUCGGUCACUAGGAAAUUUGUGCAUGAGCAAUCAGCGUCGGUGACAUCAUUGUGCGCGGCUGUCGAAGCUUGUUUGAGUCAAGGAUUACGUCGACGAGCACUUGGUUUGUUUAAAACAUCAUCGACGACCGCACUUUUGCAUAAAGUAGCCAAACAUUGUUCAGAAGCCAAUUACAUCAGCAAAAAAGUGUUGGAUAUUGAAAAUGCCGAUCCAACGAAACGCUCAUCGUCAAGCAGUGAUAGCACAAGCAAACCACCGAUUCUCAAGAAAAAUAGCAACACAUCUAUUACAAAUAAUGCGAGUCCACCACCUCAAACCGUUCGAUACCUGUGGAUACGUUUGGCAUUGUACGAAAAGAAAUUGGCACGCAUCAUUGAUCACUUGGUGACAAAUGCAACGCGCUAUUAUGAACGCGAUUCAUUGGUGGCCGAUCCAGAUUUUGGCUCGAUUUUAAGUUCGCUACUUGUUGGACCGUGUGCAUUGGAUUACACACGCGCCAAAGCGGAGCAUUUUUGGACCGAUCCGCCAGCGGAUGAAUUGAUACAAAGACAUCGCAUCAGUUCUGGUAAUCCGACACCACCGUCGUGUCGUCGACCAAUCAUGAAUUUUAAACGAAGCUUGCACAGUUCAGAAGAUGGUAGCACCAGUUCAUUCAAAUCGAAUUCAACGGCAACGGCUGCUAAGGACUACGUUGAAUCGUUGCAUCAGAACGCUCGAGCCACAUUGCUCUAUGGCAAAAACAAUGUGCUCGUCCUUCCGGUGUGUAGUAUACAUGAUAAAAAAGAUGUUACGAAGCCUUUGCCGGGCUAUUUGAGCCUUCACCAAACACCGAAUUCGCUAACGAUCAAGUGGACACCCAACCAGCUAAUGAACGGCUACACUGAAAAUGAUCCGAAUGACACUACCUCGUAUUGGGACUAUUCCAUGAACAUUAACGUGGAAGAUAUAGUUUAUGUACACUGUCACCAGUCGAGUGGUCAAGACACAGGGGGCACAAUUAUUUUAGUUGGACAUGAUGGCGUUCAACGUUCACCAAUUAUUUUUCCCGAAGGUGGCCAUAUGGCAUCGUUUUUGUCUUGUUUAGAGACCGGUUUAUUACCACAUGGUCAAUUGGAUCCACCGAUUUGGUCGCACAAAAGUAUUGGCAAAUUAUUUCCAUGGGCUUCGAAAAAUAAACGCAAACCAUUGCCACUUGUUAUGGAAUCGGAAGAGGAUGUUCCGAUCGAUUAUGUUUUUCGCAUUGUAAACAAGUCAAACAACGAAGAAUUUCGUGAGUUUUUAUCCAAAUUCCAAGUCAAUCAUCUUCGAAACAAAUUGCAAUCAGUUACAAGCGCAUCAAUUUUGGAUCUGGGACGCACAAGCCCGAGACGAUCUCAUCUCAGUAGCUCGUCCACCAAUGAAAGCAGUGACAGCUCCAAUAAGAGUCUAUCGAUAGAUAAUUAUGCACCAGACAGCCCGUUAGUCAUUACCACAAAUCAAACGGCAAGCAUUGCAUUGGUUUGCACAACAAUGCGCAAGCAAAUAAUAUCGAGAGCAUUUUAUGGCUGGUUGGCAUAUUGUCGCCACCUUUCAACUGUGCGAACUCAUUUGUCGGGAUUGGUCAAUGGUAGAAUUACUCCGGAAAUUGGAGCUGAACAAGGAUUAACAAAAGAUGUGUGGAAUACGUUGAAUGUGAAUGGUGUCAUCAGCGAUUCAGAAGAAGUAUAUCGUUUGGUUUAUUUUGGAGGAUGCGAGCAUGAUAUUCGCAAAGAAGUGUGGCCAUUCCUACUCGGCCAUUAUUCGUUCGGUUCAACGGCCGAAGAACGUGCCGAGUUGGAUGAAACCAGUCGCCAUUACUAUGAGACAACAAUGAGUGAGUGGCUCGCAGUUGAGGCUAUUGUGCGGCAACGUGACAAAGAAAAAACAGCGGUUGCUGUUGCGAAAUUGAGCUCCGAAAGUGGGAGUGAUCAGCAGCAAAAGACGAAACAACCAUUAGACGCAGACAAUGAUAUUGAAAAUGAUGUGUUCGAGGAGAAUGGCUACUCGGACUUGUCCGAUCAAGACGAUUAUGUGGGCAGUCAGCCGAGGAAGGAUAGUGACGAGCCAGCAGUUGCUGCAGCAGAUGAAGUGGUAAUUGAAAAGCCAAGCCGUGUAAAUAAGAGUAGUACCGAUUCGGGUAAUGUUCCUGAUGGCGUCGACGAAGAAAAUGAGCAAGAAGAAAGCAAGGAAAUUGAGAAAAAUGCGAAAAACGACGCAGAACCGGAAAAUAAGCUGAAACCAGAGGAUUUGCCAAAUCUGAAUUUUGACAAAGAAUCAGAUGAAUUCAAAUUGGCCAUAGAAGAAACGAACAGCAAUAAGAGCUCACCUUCAUCGUCAUCAUAUGAAACGGUGGCCAACGAUUUCGUCGACUUGAUUGCACAAAUCGAAGACAUAGCCAUCGAUGACAAUGAUAUAAAUGAUCUAAAUGUUUCAUCGCCUACAACGAAUCAACCGCACUCGGUCAUUAUUACAGAUGCGUCAAUCGAUAUCGUCAAUGUUCAGCGAGUGGAAACGAAAUAUGAAAACGAUGCGGAAAAGGACGAACGCAAUUUAUCGACAUUGCAUGAGGAGAUUGCGGGUCAAUCUUCGUUGGACGCAUUACAAGAGCCGAAAUCUGCAUGUGUAUCACCGGCCAGUGAAAACGGUGGAAUUUAUAGCGGUGAAUUAUUGGAGACAUUCGGCUUGAAUUUACACCGCAUCGAAAAAGAUGUACAGAGAUGUGAUCGAAACUACUGGUAUUUUGCCAAUGAGAAUUUAGACAAAUUGCGAAAUGUUAUUUGCACAUAUGUGUGGGAGCAUUUGGAGGUUGGUUAUAUGCAAGGAAUGUGCGAUUUGGUCGCCCCACUAUUGGUUAUUUUUGAUGAUGAAUCCAUGAGCUACAGCUGCUUUUGUCGUCUAAUGGAACGCAUGAUUGAAAAUUUUCCAAGUGGAAAUGCGAUGGAUAUGCAUCUGGCCAAUAUGAGAUCUCUCAUUCAAAUACUAGACUCGGAAAUGUAUGAUACGAUGAUGAUGUACGGUGACUAUACACAUUUCUACUUUUGUUACCGUUGGUUUUUGUUGGAUUUCAAGCGUGAACUUGUUUAUACGGAUAUUUUCCUUACGUGGGAAAUGAUUUGGGCGGCCAAAUUUGUAGCAUCAUCACACUUUGUCCUUUUCAUAGCACUUGCUCUACUUGAAACCUACCGUGACAUUAUAUUAUUAAACAGCAUGGAUUUCACCGACGUGAUCAAAUUCUUCAAUGAAAUGGCCGAGCGCCACAACAUGCCCGAGGUGCUAAAAUUAGCUCGAAACCUUGUUCUCCAGUUACAAACCAUCAUUGAAAACAAAUAAGUGGAUGAUAAUAAUAAUAAACGGAUAGCUAGGGAAGUGAAAGCUAAAAUGUGUCGGAAAAAAAGAAAAAAAAAAAGAAGAAGAUCAGAAAGCUUGAAUUUAUGGAAAUGAUUUUAGAAACUAGCAACAUCAUUUUUAGAGCUUACAAACAAAAAGAAAAACCACUGAUAAAUAUUUCACAACUCAAAUAUCGUGGAACAAAAAAACAAAAGAACAAACAAUUUAGUGAAGAACGAUUCCAUUCACAGAGUAGACAUUCAUACACAAUUCAUGAACAAUUUAAAAGAAACUACGACAGGAGAUGAUUUUUUUUAACAUUUUGUCUACACAUAUAUUUUUUAUAAAUGUUUUUUCAGGCUAAAACUUUUCCAGUUUUAUUAUCGUAUAGCAAAUGAGAAUGGCAAUCUAAAGCAGCCGGCUCAACGAUCGAUUAUUAUACAAGUUGCAAACAAGACUUAUUCAGCUAUAAAAUAGAAAUGACAUAAUCUGUAUAUUUAACAAUAAAUGUGUCCAAAUAGAAUUUCAUGUUCAUUCCAUCGUAUCAUGCAUAUAUAUGCAUUGAAUGCAAUUUCUUGAAAUUGUCAACACACAAAAAACAGAAAAACAUAAUACCCAUCUUAAUAGAAUUUGAUCACCAAAAGUUGUGUAUAAUCAGCCAAAAUUCAGGUGAACAUGAAAUCAUCAAUGACAGUGACUAAAUAAUAAGUGAAAAAGAGAUUAUGGAAUCGUUGAAAGUAGUCCAAAUCUUCGAAUUUUAUUUAGACCAAAUCAAUUUUCUAACUGAUUAAAAAUCCUCUCUAAACAUUUCAUAUCAGAUGAGAAAUACUAUUUAAUAAAUUUUUUGAAUUUGAACGUUUUGGUUUGAUUGAUAUUAGGGGACAAAAUUUGACAGCCAAUCUUUCUUUUUCAAAAAAAAAACAACCAUUCCAGAUCAAAACAUCAUCGUCUAUCUAAUAAAUUAAAGAAAAGAAAAUAUUUUAACUAAACUCUCAUUUCGGCCCAUUUGUCUCAUUAUGUUUUGUUUUUCGGGAUUCAAAGUGCCACUAAAUUUAUAUGUUGAAGAUCAAUUAAAUAAAUUCACAUUGGAUAUGACAUAGAUUCAAAUUUAAAUAAAAAAAAUUAAAGUUACUAAACAACCAAAUAUUUUUGUGUACUGAAAUUAAACUAUUCGUGAGAGUUAUCGGAUUUUAAGCUUCAUAAAAGAAACUAUACAUUGUUAAUUUUCAUUAGAGAAACAUGAUAUACAAUAUAUAUAGUUGGCAUGAGCCAAUGGAUACUAUUUGAGUAUGGCCAAUUUCUACCUGUUAUUUUAGCAUAUUAUAACAAUUUCUGUUGAAACUUUAGAGCAUUUAAAAUUUUAGAGCAUAACAAAAAAUACAUAUUUUUAUGAAUGUAAAUGUGCAGAUAAUCAUACGAUUGAAGUGGAUUUCUUUCGAAUGAUUUGCAACCAAAUUAAAACGCUUGUCUCAUCGAAAGCAUUUGAUUCUCUCUAAUUUUUUGGUUUGUAAAUGAAAACAUCGAAUCGAAUGGUGUAGGUUCUUUGCUCGAAUAGAAAAAAAAGCAUAUAAAUCGAAGGUCAAAAUGAUUUAGCACUUAUCAGUUCUUCAGUUGUUACUAACUCUCUUGUGUGUUAUUAUGUGUAGCUAAAUCAUACAUAGGUCAUACACAACAAAACAAUAUGUAAAUAGCUGGGUGAAAAUACAAGUUUACACAGUCCCAACUGUAUCAACAUCCUUUCUGUAUCUGCAAAACAUAAAAUCACAAAUAUAUACCUACUACCAUCAAUUAA